AUGAGUGCCUUUCAGAACGGCGCCGCUCCGCCGAGAGCUAUCGACAAUGACUCAGAUGUAGAGGAGGAGGCCUUAGCCGCCGACUACAGGGAGCAAGUUCAGUAUGAGGGAAUGGAGGAGACUUCGAUGACAAUGGCACAACAGACGGACGACAUUCAAUCAAGACUUGCAGCGGCCGCGCAGCCCUUGGAUUUUUCCGCGCCUCUCGAGGUCAAGUUCGCGAGUUAUGACAAUUACUGCAGCUUAUUCCACUUCAUUUUGAACUCGGAUGGACCUGUUGACUUGGAACCUCCUUCGUACUACUGGGCUUGGGAUGUCAUCGAUGAAUUCAUCUACCAAUUCAACUCUUUCUGCUCCUACAGAAAUCGAGCUGCGCGUCAGGGGACCAAUAGCGAGGAGAUCCAGAUUCUCCGGGAGGCGCCAAACACAUGGGGCUGCUACAGCGUCUUGAACGUCCUGUACUCCCUCAUUCAAAGAUCUCAAAUCACCGAACAACUUGCAGCUAUGAAGCGCAACGAGGAACCUAUGGCAGUGGCAGGAGAUUACGGAUCAAAGCCCAUAUACAGAAUGUUGGGAUACUUCUCCAUCAUUGGCCUCUUGAGAGUCCACUGCUUGUUGGGAGAUUUCAGUCUGGCGCUGAAGACUCUCGAUGACAUUGAGCUCAAUAAAAAGGCAAUGUUCGCACGGGUCAUGGCUGCGCAUUUCACCACGUAUUACUAUGUGGGCUUCUCAUACAUGAUGAUGCGACGAUAUGCCGAUGCUAUUCGCAUGUUCAGCCACAUCCUGAUCUAUGUUUCACGGACAAAGAACUUCCAGAAGAAUGCGCAAUACGACUCGAUCACGAAGAAGAACGAUCAGAUGUAUGCGUUGAUCGCGAUCUGCGUGGCUUUCCUCCCCACCAGACUCGAUGACACCAUCCACACCGCGUUGCGCGAGAAGUAUGGCGACCAGCUCUUGAAGCUUCAGCGAGGUGGACCAGAGUCGCUCCCCAUCUUUGAAGAGCUGUUCCGCGCGUCCUGCCCCAAAUUCAUCUCGCCAACGCCUCCAGAUUUCGACAACCCAGAGCUUAAUGUCGACCCCCUUGAGCACCACCUUGCCAUCUUUAUGGACGAGGUCAAGACAAACAUGUGGAGCCCAACCGUCAAGUCAUACCUUCGACUCUACACCACAAUGGAUUUGAAGAAGUUGGCUGGCUUCCUCGAAGUCGAGCCGGAAAAGCUGAGGAACUGGUUGCUCGUGAACAAGCAAAGGAGCAGACAGAUUAGAUGGACGGACAACGGGCUCUUAGAUGGCGAGGUCGUCGGUUCGGGAGAUUUGGAUUAUGCCAUGCAAGGAGACUUGAUCCAUAUCUCAGAAGCGAAAGUAGGCCGUAAAUUAGUGGACUGGUACCUUCGAAACCUCGCCCGAACAUACUAA